UUAUGCUUAUUUGGAAUUGCCCAGCCUUCGCAACUGUCUUUGUAUGCUUUGAUUCUUGUUCAUUGGGCUUGGACCCUGGGUUUCCUCUCCUCUGACCUACCUUUCUACCACUCUUCCAUUCAACAAGCGGCCUGAGCCACCAUGUCAGACUUUAAACCGACGGCCGUGACGCUUCCCCCGGUUGCCAGAUGUGCAUCCGGCAGGAGAGUCCCUAGUGAUACAACAUUGGCGGAUGUUGAAAAGCCCCAGUCAGGAUUCCUGUCUGAGAAGCUACAGGCAUAUCCGCAUGGGGAUGACGAUAGCAUCGAUCUCGAGUCGCAGGUCAACAGGAGGAAGAGGUGUGCUUCCAUCCGAUAUGCCAUCCUUUAUGUAUAUCGUCGGCUUUUCGGCCUAGUCUUCUUCGCCAACGUUGCCGUCUUCGUGGCAGUCAUGACAACGGACCAGAAACUGCUGGCACUGGUGAAUGCUGCCGCAGCUAACGUUCUUGCAUGUGGUCUUGCACGACAGCCCCUCGUGGUGAACGCCAUAUUUGUCACUGUCUGUUGGAUCCCUCGAGGAGCGCCGUUGUGGAUUCGCCGCGUGGCAGCCAAAGUCUACCACUAUGGGGGGGUGCAUAGUGGCUGUGGAAUUGCCGCGGUUAUCUGGUACAUGGGCUUCUUGGGCCUCAUGUCCAAGGAGUACUGGGCCCCUCCGACAGGCCAGUCCACGAUCUCGGUGACUCCUGUUAUCCUGGCCUAUCUCAUUGUCGUCUUGCUGCUCGCCAUUGUCAUUGUUGCGUACCCUGCAUUCCGGUUCAUCAAACACGACUACUUCGAGCUCACCCACCGAUUCUCUGCAUGGAUGGUCAUUGCUCUCUUCGUGGUUCUGCUACUGGUCUUUGCGGACGAAGCCAGUCAAGCAGCCAACGAGCCCUUCGGCCUCUUCUUGGUCAAACUGCCUGCCUUCUGGUUCUUAGUGGUUACCGUCGUGGCCAUUGUGCAACCAUGGGUGAUGCUCCGGAAAGUCAAAGUCCGACCCGAACGCCUCUCACCCCACGCCAUCAGGUUGCACCUGGAUCACACGACCACCAGCUUUGGGAAAGGCAUCCAGCUAGCCAAACACCCCCUUCGGGACUGGCACGGGUUCGCAACCUUCCCAGACCCCGACGGCAAGUCCUUCUCCUGUCUCGUUUCCAAAGCCGGUGACUGGACGUCAGCCUGCAUCAAAGACCAACCCACCCACCUUUGGAAACGAGGCGUCCUUAUCUAUGGCUUUGCUUAUGCCAUGCGCGUCUUCAAGCGUGUGGUAGUUGUCACGACGGGGUCUGGCAUCGGGCCAUGUCUCUCCUUCCUGGGCGAUGAUAAUCGUCCGGAUCUCCGUGUUGUGUGGCAGACACGAGCCCCCUUGAGGACCUAUGGACAGGAAGUCCUCAACCUGGUGCGCCGUAUGGAUGCCAACCCCGUUGUCAUCGAGACUAAUCAGUCGGGACGCGUCGACAUGGUGCCCAUCAUCCGACAACUCGUGAAAGAAUUCGAUGCCGAAGCUGUCUGUGUCAUCAGCAACCCAAGGGUGACCAAGUCAGUAGUAUACGAGUUGGAGUCCCGGGGGACGCCGGCAUUCGGUCCUAUAUUUGAUUCAUGAGUUCCUGCACCCUUUUGGCUUGUUCCCUGGAGGUAUUGGUCAGAUUUGAGUCUUUGACAU